AUGGCGUCACGUCCCCAAUUAUCAAUUUUUCCUGUGGGAGCACCACAGUCCCAUGAGAUUCCACCCCUGGAGGGAGCGGAUUAUCCCAAACUUGCUCAAUUGAUGUAUAGAGUCCCCGAGCUUUCUAUAUUUCGGACAUUCCGCGAAGUAACUUUAUUGAAUCUGUUGAGUCUCCAAGCAGAGCUUUCAGAGAUUGUCGAAGAAUAUGACGCUUCGUACAAUGCAGAUUCAAUAGGAAACGAGGAGGAACCUACAACGUACGAACGUCAAGUUCUAAGCAAAAGCUUCCGCAAGCUUCGUGAGAGUGAUCGUACUCAAAGCACCCAAUAUGAAGCUCUAAAGAACAUUGGUUUUAAACUCAAUGAGUAUCAUACUGCCCUUCUGCAGGCAUCUGAAGUUUCCAAACUGGCAAAGCCCGAGAAAGUUGAUCUGAAACAUCUUCGAGGUUGGCUGUCUCAUCCAACUGUGGGUGGAAACUUCAUUCCCAAGUCGGAAGAUGCGUGGAAGGAAAUCUAUGACGACGAUCAGGUAACGCUCGUUGCAAAAGAAGGUGGUCUGAUGCAGAGAUCAUCGACCUGGCUUAUGCUUAUCUACGACUGGGCCUAUGGCCGCCGCUUUGGAAAACCUGAGGUCAUCGAUGCAAAAACUGGCUCACGAUACUAUCCAGAUUCCUCAACCAAGAAGAUCGCAAAGGUUACAACUUCCGUGCUAGCUUCUCUAAUACCCGAUAUCGUCAUUCUCGGAUUAUAUUAUAUUGAUACGACAGUAAAGCGAAUUGGUACUAUGCUUGCAUGCACAGCAAUCUUUGCUUUUGUUUUAUCAUUCUGGACGCAGGCGGACGUAAUUGAUGUCUUUGCUGCUACUGCCGCUUUUGCCGCUGUCGAGGUUGUUUUCAUAGGAAGUGCUAUUACAAAUAGCACUAGAGCAUGA